AUGAAUACAAAUCCAGAUAUCGUUCGUUGGGAUAGUUUUGUAUAUAACGAUUGGGGAAAUGCAUUAUCACCUUAUUGGCAAGCCCGAGGUGUAGCUUUUUUAUGGGGAAGUUCAUUUUCAUUAACCCGAUGGAACACUCCUGCUUGGAUUGGAUACCUUCCAAUAUCAGUCGAGCCUGUACCUUCUAAUUCAUGCGUCAAGGCUUAUCCUAAACUACUUUUGCGUAUGUGUAAAGAUUCUGGACCCGAUUGUAACAUGUUGUAUGCACAUAAAUGUGUUGGAGCAUGGAAUUACAUUCGAAAUCAAAUACAACAGGAAACCAGAGCAGCAUUGGAACUUUGGGCUCAUUUAAACAACAGAAAGUUACCUGUUUUCAAUCGUUCCGAGAUGGUGGUUUUCGAUCGCUGUGAACGAAAUACGAUGAUUCAUCAUUAUGAGUUUGGACCUGUGGGUUUUAGUGCAUUGCAGUGCAUUCCAAAAAUAGUGAAGACUGUAUAUCGUGUGUACGCUAAAGACCGAACCAAUUUCUAUUGCGAUGCAAUACGUACAGCACACGCAAACUAUUUGAGACAAACACGUCCAGAUAUAUCUGUUAUCCAUUUUCCCGGUGAUAUAUUGGAAGACUUCGCUAAACUCGUGUAUGCUCCCUAUGUGUUAGUUAUGUAUGCUGGAUCAUCAUUCGCACUAUGGUCAACUUUGGCAAAUGUUGGUCAUGUAUGGAUUCCACCAGUAUAUGGUGGUAUGACGCCAGAUGUCGGAAGUCUUUGUUUUAUGGUUUCAUUUCAAGCAUUUGGUAUAGUUACAAAUUUAGAACAAUCAGAACUUUUCGAUAAUAGUCCUCUUGUACUUAUUCAAUCUAUUUCUUGA